AUGUCGAUGAAGCUGGAAUCAUGCUCUUCCUCUUCUUCCACCACAGGAGUCAAGUCAGAACCUCCUUCCUGGCAGGACAGUGUUCCCUCAUCUUCAGCUACUUCCAUGACCUCAUUCUCUGAUAUCACACUUGGAUCGGCCGGGUACGACUCAACGUCAAGUACACCUAGAAGAAAUGCAUCUAGAAGUUCAGCCAAACGUAAACGAAAUACAGAUUAUCGAAACGAUUCAUCCGUCUAUAUUGUCUCUGACAUAUUAGCUCGAUCAUUCGAGAAAUCCCUUGGACCGAAUAGACAGAUGGAAAAUCAGUAUUUGGUUAGAUGGGAGGGAUAUGGACCUAAGGAUGAUACGUGGGAAUAUAGAAGCAAUUUGAUGGGUGGAGCUAGUGCAGUGGUCAAAGAGUUUGAAUCGAGACCUCUCCCGUUUACGAUCCUCGAUUCUCAGCGAUGGAAAAACACGACGAGGUAUUUAGUCAGAUAUGGCAAACCAUUUCCAGUUGAACCGUCACCCAUGUAUGCUACGGAAUGGCAAACCGAGAAAGAAAUGCAUCUCAUAGGUGAACUGGAAACCGAAGAUAUCGAUCAAGCUGUUAGAGAUUACCGCGAAGGGAAACUGCCUGGGAAUGCUCAUGUACCGAGGUCACCGAAGAAACAGAAGGCAGUUCAGCCCACAAAAGGUCGACGUAUCUUGGAAAUUUUGGACAGGAAGGAUUGGAAAAAGCCCAAACAUGGGAAAGGACAUUCGACGAGGUAUCUCAUUCGAUGGAAAGAGAGAAAACAGGUGAAAGAGGAUUGGUUGAGUUAUUGGGGGAUCUCUGACAGAUUUGGGGUUGUUGAAGGUCGACAAUGGCUCAAGGAAUGGAAUGAGGAGAUGGGUAAUGGUGCUCAAUACAAGAAACCUAGAAUGACAGAAUCUUCAACUCCGCUCAGUGAAUACGAGAUAGAACGCAGGCAGAAUAUGGAGGCGAAUAAGGAAUUGAUGAGGAGUUUGGGAUUAUGA